CAAUAAACACCACCACCACAUCCUAACAAUUAUACAAUACACCACACCACUCGCUCGAUCCCUUCCUAAGGAAAAGAAAUCCCACCGGAAAAUGCCAAAUCCUACAUUACACUCCAUCCCAAACCCAAACCUCCAAAACUACCUAUAAAUAAAACCCAUUAUUCCAAACCUCCCUUCUCCUCCAAAUCCAACCAUCCUCCCUCUCUCUCUCUCUCUCUCUCCAUCGCCUGAACACAACAAAAAAAAUGGAACUGCCGCCACCGCCGCUCGACUUCGACGCCGACCACCACUCCUCAACCCAUCAACUAAACAUGGACAACCUCGUCGCCGUCAAGGUCCUCGGGCAGGGCGCCAUGGGUACGGUCUUCCUGGUCCACGACCGGGCCGCAUCCGACCCAUCCGCCGCCAGCCCAUACGCCCUCAAGGUCGUCGACAAGGCCCAAUUCCUCCACUCCCACUCCCGCUCCGACGCCGAGCGCCGGGCCCGCUGGGAGAUCCGGGUCCUGACCCGACUCGCCCACUCCCGCCACCCGUUCCUCCCUCGUUUAGUCUCCUCCGCCGAGACCCCCGAAUUCCUCGCGUGGGCCCUCCCCUUCUGCCCCGGCGGAGAUCUCAACGUCCUCCGCCACCGCCAAAACGACCGCGUUUUCUCCCCCGCCGCCGCCAGGUUCUACCUGGCGGAAAUCCUCUGCGCGCUGGAGCACCUCCACGAGCUGGGGAUCGUCUACCGGGAUCUCAAGCCGGAGAACAUUCUGAUCCAGCAGUCCGGUCACGUGACCCUCACGGACUUCGACCUCUCCCGAUUCCUCGGCCGGAGGAAGAAGAAUCCAAGUACGGCCAAGUCAGAAGUUGAAAUUAGAACCAAAUCGAUGGACGCCGGCGAUUUUCUCCCUCCGAGGAAGAGCAGAGUGGCGCGGUGGUUGAUGCCGGCGGCGGUGGUCCCCGUCGGCGACGAGAAGGGGUUGUUGAAGAAGACGAAUUCGGCGAGGAUUGCUCCGGUGAGCCACCGGAGGAAGGAGGCAGAGGAGGAGGGGGGAGAGAGGUCGAAUUCGUUCGUCGGGACGGAGGAGUACGUGUCGCCGGAGGUGGUGCGAGGGGAAGGUCACGAGUUCGCCGUCGACUGGUGGGCCCUGGGGAUUUUACUCUACGAGAUGGUGUACGGGACGACGCCGUUUAAGGGGAGGAACCGGAAGGAGACGUUUCGAAACGUUUUGCUGAAACGGCCGGAGUUCGUCGGGAAGCUGGGGAAGGAUCUGACCGACCUGAUCGAGCGGCUGCUGGAGAAGGACCCGGCGAAGCGGCUCGGGUACGCGGACGGAGCGGCGGAGAUCAAGGGGCACGCAUUUUUUAAAGGGGUGAGGUGGGAUCUGCUGACGGAGGUUUGCCGGCCGCCGUUUAUUCCGUCGCGGGACGAGACGGAGAGUUCGUACCCGGGGAUGAUGCCGGCGGCGGAGGGGGGUGUGGAGAUAAGUGAGUACUUCCGGAAGCUGAGGGCGCCGCCGCCGUUGUGGUCGCCGUCGUCGGAGUUUCAUAGAAAUGUUUCGCUGGCAGAGUUCUGACCACCACCACGCACGUGCGGCGGAGGCCCACGUGUAAGGGAUAUAUAUAUAUAUAUAUAUAUAUAUGAAUUAGUUUAGUUUAGUGUAUUAUUCUCAUUAUCUCUCUGUAGUUCUGUGUACAUAAAAUAAUUGCGACGGUUUAAAACAGAAUUGACAUAUUAACCGGGCACGGUUAAAAAAAGUUACUUAGUUGAGGAAAUGUUGUUACCGUAUUACUUAUGAUUAGUUGCUAAUCACCUACCUUCUCUCCAAAAAUAGACUUUCAACUCUAACGUUUUCGAAUCAGAAUAUUUGUGUCUCUAAUUGAUGUUUUAUCAUUUGCAAAAAAGUUGUUGCCCAUAAGAAAUCAAUAUGGGAAAGUAUCAAUCAGUAUAUUAAAGUUAUUGUAAGAAGGUUAGUGUUGAUUAUCUUUCUAUAGGAGACUUCCUAACAGAAAAUUAUAGAUCGAAUCAGUAAAUAAAUAAGAAGUGAUCUUGUAGCACCUGACGUUCAAACAAAAUAUCUAUUACAUAACACUUUACAAUGACAAAUUGACAACGGUUAAACGAGAUUGUGAUUCAACGGCCGGCCAAUAUGCAACUCUAUUGUUUUCCUGUAUGUAUGUUUACCCAUGGGGUUGUUAAGAGAAUAGUGGAAAGGAUGAUUAAUUAGGGAACGGCUACGGUGCUAAUUGUACAAUAGUUAGCACCGUCCUAACCAAGGAAAAAACUACUACUAGUUUGAAUUAGUAGUGAUUUAGCUUAGAUGUUGUAUUGAUUUUAUAAUAAUCCGUAGUGAUUUCGUUAUUUUUAGUAGCGUUAUAUUGAUUUUAUAAUAAUCCGUAGUGAUUUCGUUAUUUUUAGUAGCGUUUUUUGCUAGUUAUCACGGUGCUAACCCCUAUAUGGGUUAGCACCUAAUCCAAUCCGAUUAAUUAUUAUAAGGAAAGAGAAAUAUGGCUUUGGAAUGAUUACUAGACAAAAUGGUCUGAAAUCACGGGCUUAAGCUAAGGGAGUCUCAAGUCUUAGGUCUUUAGUGUUGGACCUCUCAUUAGAUUAGCUAGGGCUCCUUUUAUGAAAGUUGCCUUUCCAAUUCCCUUUUCAUUCUGGUCAUCUACCAUUCCUGACUUCUAUAGUUCUAUUCCUUCACCAAAUAUAGUGGUUUCUUCGUUGCAUCGGGUGGCGUUGAUAUUAGGGGCGACUAUACAGUUUGGUCCUGUUAAAUUGAUAUGAAUUGAUCCGGUUUCGGUCUGGUCUUUUCGAGAAUGUAAUGAUUAAAUAUUGGAUUGGAUACAGUCCGGUUUGAACUGGUCUGGUCCCAAUUUGGUCUUGAUUUUAGAUUGAGCCAGUGGAGAUUUGAGUGGCUUGAUGGGAGAUUUGAGUAGCCUGAGGUCUGAAAGGGCGAGAAGGUUAAAUUUGGGUGUUGGUUCUCUUAUCUGGUCUUUAUCCGAUUUUUGGUCCGAUCCUGAACGGGUUUUUUUACCUCAAAUCUAGGCCCAAAGAUGAGAUUUGAUUGUUUGCUAUCCGGUCCCGGUCCAGUCUCAGUCCGAGUUAUACGGUUCGGUUUUGGGUAAAACCAAAAAGCCCGUACAAAUAGCUACCCCUAGUUGAUAUCACUUGAAUCAGACUAUUUGAUUACGAUUAGAAGUCACGGGACUAUAAAUAUCAUUCAUAUUACUCUGUAAUCUGUAUCUCCUCGAAAAAUUGUGAUAUUAUCUCUCUCCUGCCCAUGGACUAGAUAACACACAUUGUGUUAGUGAACCACCUAAAUCUGUGUGUCUCGUUUCAUUUUUUGCUCUCGUUUUCUGGCUCUAUCGAAACCGUCGUGACAGGUCGGAUGUGCAUCGCUAUCUCUAUGCACUAUGCAAGAGGUUUGGAGAUUGAAAUCAGUAAUCAACAACAUUAUCUUCA